CCAGAUAAAGGGGAAGGCAAACGUAGAGAGAACACAGAGGCAAAGAUAUCAUGGCAAAGAUCACAAACUCUGCGAAAGGAGGAGCAGUGAUUCACCACAGUAUUGUGGAGGGAAGACACCACUAUGAGUUUCAGGGAGUCACACAUUACAAGAACUCUGCCUGUGCCGCUUUGUUCAGGAAGGGGGACUGCUUGUUGGAAGUGAAUGAAAAUAAUGCAUCAGCCUUCCCACCUGAGGAUCUGGCUGAGUUACUGACAGACAGCUCCUUCCUGAUGACUCUUCAUAGACCCAGGGACAUUGUCCAGCCAAGGGACAGUGAUGAACCCGAUGAAAACAUAUACUGUCCCUAUGAUAAACGUAAAAUAUUCCUCCAGUUUGGGUAUCAAAUGGUGAGGAAGGCGGAAAGCCUGGAAACACCUGCAAGUCCUGAAGGCACAUCGACAUUUGACGAAACAACAAGAAAGUUCAAAGGUUAUACAGGUCCAGAACUGCCCAUCAUACCUCAACACAAUGACAGAACCUCAACUGAUGAAGAGGAACAGAACGGAGACUCUGGAGGCUGCGAUAAAACACAGGGGCUGCUUGUGGCACUGAGCCACGCUGCAAUUUCUGUUGUGCAAGGAAGGGGCCCCAAACGUCCUCAGGGAAAAGUAUGUUCCAUUUGUAACAAGAAUGAUUGUGAAUUGCACACAAUUCAUGUGAGGUCUGAAGCUAAAGCAGAGGUGUAUUGUGUACAAGAAACACUGGCUCCCAAAGACUGCUGUGAGAUGAUAAUGAAGGUGGUGAGGAGCGACUGUCCGUACUUAAUUCGGAACGAGUAUGAUCAAUGCUUACGACCUGGCAAUGAGCGCAAAAAGAUAGUCCUCAGUCGCCAGGACUCUGAUUCUGCUCAGAUGACUGUUUUCUAUUAUAAAAGCAAUGUGAUUCCAAACCCAUUUGGUGGGAUCCCUGUAGUGCUCAACUUCUUGAAGACAAACUGCUUCUUGGCAUGUCACUGUGAAGGAAACAAUGUCCUGCUGAGAAUAGAGGAAUGCACCUCCACAUCCCUCAAAAGUAUCAGAAAAGACAGCUCGUACUGGCAUUUCAUGUUCUACAUGAAGCAGCAAUUUGAUGGAAGUUGCAGCUUUGAAUCAGCAAAAUACCGGCAAUGGUUCAUUAACAACCAAACAACAAGAAGGAUUGCUGAAAUGAAAAGAACUGUAGAAAAACCACUGGAUGUAGAUUUUGUCUUUUUAUUGGUAAAAACCUGAGUGUCUUGUAGGGCGGCGGGAGGUGACUCGACAGAAAUUGAGAAAAGUAUAAUGUGGUUGUUUAAAUAGGCAGUAUGCUGAAUUAUAUUUAUUUCUACUUGUUUUAUAUAACAUCUCUCUUGAAGUGGGACCUUUUUUUAAAUUAUAAUGCAAUACUUACUCCAGCGAUCUCCUGUCUUUUAUAGGAUCAGUUCCAUUGACAGACAUGGCUGUGAGCCCGUCAUGUCUCUGAUGGUGCUGUGACAGCCUGGGAAAUGAAGCUCAAGUUUCAGGUUGGUCACAUGCCAUCGUGCUUAAAGUGGCAGCUCUGGCAGGUUAAGAGGAGUACUGAGCACUUGAAAUUAUUUCCCCCCCUCCAUUUUUCUCCUCCAAUGUUUUCCCCCCCUUUCUCUGGGAGGAGUCGGACUCCUUUUUCUUUCAAGUAAAGGGCAUUUCAAAUAGGCCCCCAUUACAUUCCUGUACCUCACCCAGGUAGCUAAAUGUUUUAGCUGAUACUAUAAUGUUUUCGUCUUAAUAGUUCUAAUCGACAGGUUUGGGGUUUUUAAUCUCUAACAUCAACAAUGAGUGUAAAUAGCAAAUUGCAUUAGCUUCAAAUAGGAAUUGCUCGGAUGUGCUGGAACCAGAGCCCCUCCACCUCCUUCUCCUGACACGGUUCUCAAUGCUGACUUCCAUGUAGCCAAGGGUUGGGCAUUCCACUCCCACUUUGUGGGAUUGUGGCUUUCGGCAGAACAAAAUGCUCUAAAGUAAAUCAUACAAUAGACCCAUUAUCGUUGAUUUUGCAGUUCAAGUGCUGAGAAUCCCAGUGAGGCUUUACAGCUCUUUAACACAACACACAAUGAUUGUAAAUAGAAGGUGCAAUGUGAUCCGCUGAGGAAGUAAUCUGAUUUCUACCACUGUAUGUAUAUGUAAUGUGUUGGGAAACUGGCCUUUGAAUAAAAAUGAAGAGAAACCA